GACUCCUGAUGACGUCACUCUUCCGCGUCAAGUCUGCAAAAUGGCGUCGGUAAAGAAAGGGAAAAAGGUAGUUAACCAGGAGGAAUUGCGGCGGUUAAUGCGAGCGAAGACGAUCUCAGCAGAGCGUCAGAAGCGCGUUGAUUCGCCGUACGCGAAGUACAACAGUGCGAGUCAGUUGAGCUGCGCGCUGUGUAACGCGCCCAUCAAAUCCGCGCUGCUCUGGCAGACACACGUACUGGGAAAACAACACCGAGAUAAAGCUGCUGAAGUCAAGAGCAGAGAUCAAACCGCACAAACAUCAUCAUCAGCAGCAGCCUUAAAGAGGAAAGCCAAAGCAGAGCUCGCGACAGCACCCGCUAAACAAGGCAAACAUCAGAACGCUGCAGGUGCUGCAUCUGGACUUCAGGUGUCCUCACAUCAGUCUGCGGGUCUGGGGCUCCUGGCAGGAAACUAUGAUGACAGCGAUAUGGGCACAAGCAGUACGAAUCCAGCUAAAGACGCAGCUGCUAAUCUUCCUGCAGAUUUCUUCGACAGCAGUGGCGGUUGCGUCCCAGCCACAGGUCCUGGUCACUCCGGCUCUGUAUCCAAAGCCUCUGAUGAUGAAGAAACUGCCCAGGAGAGGAAAGACAAAACCACCGAAGCUCUACCAGAGGGUUUCUUCGAUGAUCCUGUGAGAGAUGCCAAAGUUCGUAACGUGGACACACCAAAAGAUCAAAUGGAUAAAGAGUGGGAGGAGUUUCAGAAAGAGAUGCGACAGGUGAACAGCGCCUCGGACGCUAUCGUUGCUGAAGAUGAUGAGGAGGGACGCUUGGAGCGACAGAUUGACGAGAUCGAUGAGCAGAUCCAAUGUUAUCGACGAGUGGAGCUUUUACGGGCUAAACAAGAGGUUGUAAAGGAGGCCCUGGUGAAGAAAAGGAAAGAUCAGAGAAAGCAAACGCAUUCAUCUGGCAGCGAUGAGGAAGAUGAAGAAGAACUGAUGCACGUGUUGACACAAGACUGGAGGGCCAAAGGAGCACUCGCUUGACACCGCUUACAGACAUGAUCAACGUUAGCAGAUGUGCUGUGAUUUUUCUUGUGUCCCUUGAACGCAACUGUUGAGUUAAUCGUCUUGUGGAUUGUGUAAUUUAGAACUUUAAAAUAACAACAUUCUACACUCACCUCUGGUUUUGUACAUUCACAGCACUUCACGUUUCAUUUGUCUUUCAUUUCUGACAAACCACGUUCAGUUACUGGAGCGUUCCCUGGUGCCAGACUGUAGACCCUAUUUGUAAAUAAAGGCUCAUGAUACUCAAUGACAAGUGCAUUUUGAUGACAGCUUUUCUUUCAGCUCACAGCGGUUGAGUUGAGAUGUUUUUGACGGUUCUGAUGAGACUUGUGAAUCUGAAUCCAUAUAGAUCUUGAGAUUGGUUCUAUACUUCUAUACGGGACUGGACCCAGAAAACGUGUGUGUUCAGAUUAUUAUCUUGAUGUUGUGGGUGGGGGGUUAAUACAAUGUUGAAUGCAUCAACCUGAUCCCACAGUUCUUCAGAUGAGUAGUGCCGUAGAAAAUGAAACUGCCAAAAACAGCACAAUACAAACAUUUCAUGUUCAGUCAGGCUAUCAUCUCACUCCAAACAUUGAAUCAUAUUUCAGUGUGUUACUAAAUAUAAUUAAUUUGAACUUGUUUAAGAAGCAGCGCAUGAAUCAGUAUCAGACCCCAUGCUCCUGUCAUUGUGUUUAUAGUGAUGAACCUGAAGACGGUUUUCAAUAAUGUACAGUGACAACUGACAGGUUAGUGUAAUGUUUUCUAUGAUGUUGAUGACCAACAAAUUUUAUUUUUUGCCAUGAAAACCAAUUUUCUUUUUAAAAAUGAGAAACCAUGA